AGUCCAAUAGUGGGAUAGUGGGACCACAGCUCAUUUUUGCCCUAAAGCUCCCAGACAGGUUGAUCCGGCCCUGAGAUUACAAGAGAGAACCCAUCAAAAUGGGAAAGUUUCAUCCCUUUUUUUUUUUUUUUUUUUUACUUUUCAUUUAUUGACUCAUUUAAUCAAUACUUGUACUUUGUUCUCCAAGAUACCAACUCAUUUCGUCAUACAAUGUAAAUAAACAAGACAAAAAAUAUGCCCUAAUAUGAGCAUCAUAUAUAAAUCCAAAAGCAGUAUUUUAUGUGAGAGGGGAAAAAGGCAAGGAAAAAACAAACAAACUGACUAAAUCGUAAUAAUAAUAAUAAUAAUAAUAAUAAUAAUAAUAAUAAUAAUAAUGGUAAGUAGUAGUUGCAGAAAGUUUUAUCUACCUAGACUACCCACAUUAUUAUAAACAAUACAUAAAAGAAUAAAUUCAUCCUUGAGUGUGUGAGGGCUGCCUUGAUUUAUUUGAAUACACAUGAAGACGAUCAACAUAUUGAAAUUUAGACUUAAAGUCAGAAUAUGUAACUCUGGUGGCAGUUAUGGGAUAAUGGUAAAUGUUAAAUGUAGCAUAACAAUGUAGAAAAGAGUCGUAAAGUCAGUUUACUGAGAGAGUAAUGUCAGUUAUAUGUCACUUGGUAAUAUUAACUAACAUUAGUCACCAUAAGCUACUGCUCAGAGCAGACCAAAUAAGGCUCUAGCAGUAAAAACACUGAGAGUACUGAAUUGAUCAAAGGUGUGUUUUAUUGCUUACUGAUUAAACUUUCACUUUGCAAGUGGAAGAAUGUGUUUUGUAUUCUUUCAAAAAUGUAUAUAGUUUAACUUUUGAUUGCCUAUGUCAUAAUAUAACUACAACAAUAUAUUCAAUACAGUAUUUUAAGUUGUUUAUGUAUUUGAAAAGUGCAUUACAGGGAUCCUCAUCUCAGAUAAAGAUAUCCUCACACUUACUGUAAGUACAUAGAUUACAGGAAAACCACUGGGUGGGGUGUUACGUCACCCUUUCUGUUCACAGCAAAUACACCUUUCUUUGUUUCACUUGUAAAAAUUAAGCAAUAUGUCUGAGCAAUAUGUCAUCCCUGACUGGCUGAUAUUCAAACCAUCCAAAAAAUGUCUUUCUGUGUAACGGAGUGUGACAGCAGGGAAGUUAAACUGUCACCCAGUCACGCAUUCACACACACCUACAUGCACAAGAUCUAUUAUGUAACGUCAUUUUUCCUGCCUGAGGUGGAGCUUGUCACGGGUUUCAUGGGAAGAUAUAGAGAACUGCUGCAGAAGUUCAGAAGUGUUUGCCUCUGUGACUGCACAGCUGUCUACCAUGGACAAGAUAUACUGAUUGACCAAAAUGGCACCUGAACUGCUGAACAGGAAACUAUCCACAGCAGCUUUUCUUCAGAACCAUCAAAGCAAAACUGAGCAAACCACAUUUCUACCUUCCUCACAGAGCGAAACCUUUGGUUGAACUGACAACAAAAUGCUGCAGUCAGACAGUCAAUACACUAAACUGCGAUGGCUAAUAACCAUUGCUGGACUGCUCCUGUAUGUGGUGGACAUUUGGACAGAUGCCGCACUGGCACUGAAAUAUUUUCAACAGAAUCACUUUGUGUGGGCUGGACUGACUCUAGUGUUUGUUUUGGCGGGGCUGCUGGUGACACAGAUCUUCAGCUACGCCUGGUACACUGACGAUAUGAGUGGUAUUCUGAUUAACGCUGAAGUGAAACCAACCAUAUCAGGCUUGUCCAAAGGUAGACUUGCUAUCCUGCACCUAUUUGGUGUGGGCAUCUUCACCAGGUAUUAUCACAUGCUGAAGAAAGGCUACAAUGUGGUUUGGACAACAAAUUCCUAUACAGUGGAGGAGAGGAGAGAUGUGCACCACAAACUGUUUUGCCUGGCUACGGAUCUGAGCAUGCUCAAACUGUUCGAGGCUUUCCUAGAGAGCGUUCCCCAACUCCUCCUGCAGCUCUACAUAGUGAUGGGCCACGAGGAAUGCUCAGUCAUGCAGUUUUUAUCUAUGGCGUUCUCCUUCUUCAACAUUGCCUGGGCCCUGGUUGACUACCGCCGCUGCCUGCGCAGAUCCCUCCCCCACAUCAGUGAGAUGCCCUCUGGCCUCCCCACAGCAGUCUACCUCCUCUACAAACUCUGCACCAUCACCAGCCACAUCCUCAGCUACGCCCUCCUCCUCAUCCUGAGCCCCUACAGCGCAAUAGCUCUCACCGUCCUCUGGCUGCUGGGGACAUCCUGGACACACGCGCUUCAGACCAACUUCUGUUCUUCCCAAACGCUCGAGCACGUGUACCGAGCAGUCACCGGGGUCAUCCUCACGUUCACCUUUUUCAACGUCAAAGGAAAGGACACCAAAGUAGAAAUGAUCACCUACUACUUGUUUUUCGCUUUUAUAAACAUUACAGCUCCUUCACUGCUGGCUUUGUUGAGGCCAGAGUUGCGGACAGCCACGUUUUUUCUGACAGUCAGUGGUUUAAUAUUUGGAGGUUCGGUGCUGGGGCUGGUUUGUCUCGUGCUGUACUACGUCCUCCUGCAUCCCAGAGAGAAGUGGCGAGAGGCAGACGAGGCGGACGGCCUGGGGAAUGAAACACAGACCACGAGGAGAAUAAGGAACUUUUUACAGCCUUGAUGAUCUAACCAUAUUCUGAGGAAAGUCUACUUUUUCAUAACUAACACAAAUGGCUAACAAAGUGCAAUAUAGUUGAGUGUAUAACUUUAUUUAUUCUUGUUUUAAUAAACGUGUCGAUGAAUCACAUAUUUAUUCUUAUCAUAUCUAUAAAAAGUAAUUUAUUUGCUAAUCAUAAUGGAUAGCUGUCUCCUUUGGUAUAUCACUGUGACCAAGACUGACAUUAAUAAUGCAUUGUAAUAAAAUCUAAA